AUGAAAUAGCCCACAUGUACAGACUCACUCUAUUCUCUUUAUAAUGGUGGUCUUGCUUGUAGUCCAACUUCAUGUGGAUAAUUGAGCAAAUGUUUACCUUUGAACACUUAAAGAGAUUCUGGUUUAGGAAUUGAUAUAAAGGGUUGUUGUAGAAAAUCAAUACUUGACCCAAAUGCAUUAAAUAUUAUUAUUUAUAUCCUAAUAAUACCAGUUAUAGGGAUAGGAAGUUUGGGUGCAUUAGGAGGUAAAUAAUAAGUUAGAUCACUUUUAGGAGGUACAGUGAAAAGACCUUUUCUAUAAGCAAUAUUAAAUUAUGAUGCAACAAUUGCAGGUGAUAUAACAUCAUGCUUAAUGUUUAGUGCUUAAUUGGUGAAUAUGAUAUUCAUCCUUUUCUAGAAGUAUAUUCUGUAUAGAAUUUAGUCAUCCUGAUGUAGAAGAAAGACCAAUAAUCAAUUAUGAGAUUGGCUUAAUAUAUACAUUAGGAAUUCCAAUUAGUAUGUGUAUGGGUAGUGAAUUAGCAAAUUUUCUACCUUUAUUACCAUUAUUGUCAUUUUAGGUGUUAUUUUUUGUUGUUAUUUCUCCAGUUUUAUUAUAUUAUGCUAAGAAAUAGGAUAUAAUAGAAAAGAGUAAAGAGACAAAUAGUGAUUUAAGAAAUUAAUCAGCACUAUUAAGUUUAACAGAGAUGAAAGAUCAAAACUAAUACAGUGAAAAUUAGGCUAAAUUAUAUAAGAUAUUUUAUGAUGAGCAAUGUUAAAGAUUUCCAUUAACACCAAUUCUUAUAACUUUAUUUAAUUUUUCAAUUAAUGAAGUAAUAAUAAAAGAUGAAUUAGUUAAUCUUAUUGAUGAGAUCUUCUCCAUAACAAUUGUCACCAUAUUUCUUUCCAAGUGGCAAUACUAAUGAUACUGAAAAUAGAGAUAAGUAACCAUGUUAACCUUGGAACUUUUAUGUAGUUCUACUUUUGAUUGCUGUUAAUAUGAUAAUUACAAGUCUGGUUUAUUUUUUUUAAAGGAAAAAAGAAUUAUUAAAAGACACAAUAAACUUUUAUAAUCAUGAAAGGUAUUAUAAUUAAUUUGAGAAAUUCUUUUUAAUUUAUACUGCAGGAUGGGCAACGGGAUUUGUAGCAGGAUUUGUUGGUAUGGCUGCAGGUUUAAUGAUGGUUAUCACAAUGGUACAAUUUAAAUUGAUAGCUGCUGUUGCUGGUGCUACAGCUAAUUAUUGUUAUUUUUUAAUUUGUUUAUAAGUAUUUACUGAUCUUAUAGUUGGAAAUAUUUAAGAUUCAAUAAUUUCUAUUGGAGAUUAAUUCUUCUUUUAUGGAUUAGGAGUAUUUAUUUAUUUAAUUAUAUUAUUAGAUAAUUGGAGUACUUACAUUUACUAAUUUAGGAUAUUAUUAUUUAAAGAAGUAUAAAUUUGGACAUAUAAUAUUUUAUAUUGAUUUUGGAAUUGUAAUAUUGAAUAUAUUUGGAAAUAUUGCUUGGGGAGUUGAAAAUAGUAAUAGAUAUGGAUUUGUUGCAUUAGAGCAAUAACCUUUUACAUGUACUUCUUAUAGCAAUUGAU